AUGAGUUUAACUGCUAAAGGAAAAGCUUUAUUUAACUCUUUAUUAGUAGAACAAAAAGGUGAGACUGUUCCUUAUCAAUUAGUUAAUGGUCUGAGUAGUGAUAAACCAGUUGAUAAAGUUAUUAGUCAAUUCGAAGAUGUUUUAUUUGCUGAAUCUGAACCUGAAUUUGAUAGUAAAAUUCAAACUGCUUUGCUUAAAAUUAAAGAUUUGGAUGAAACCAAGGUUGCUGUAGCAGUUACUGCUUUAAAAAAUGAUCUUGGCAAUGUUGGAGUAGGGAUUUAUAAAGAGUAUGUUGAAGAAUUUAUCAAGAAUUUAAAAGAUGGUAGUAGUAACAAUCUAUUUAUCAAAGAAGAAAAAUCAAGCAAGAGAUCUUGUCUAACUUUUAAUGAAUUAAAAAAAAGAGCUAUUGGUUUUAAUGAGAUUAAUACUAAAGCAAAAAGAUUGAGUUUAGAAAAAAAUGGAAAAAAGUUAGGUGAUGAAUUGAUUAAACGAAAUGAUAUUAAUUCCAAACUAGUUAUGGCUAGACAAGAAUUUGAUAAUGCCAAAAAUUUAGAAAAAACUGCUAAGGAGAGACAUAUAACAAGUUUAAGAGAGACUUUUAACCUUAUUUAUGCUAAACCUAAAAAGAGCUACAAAGAAAGACUUGAAGAGUAUGAGAAAGUUCAUCUUACUGGAAUAAAAGAUGCUUUGGAGUCUGCAAAAGAUAAAACAGACCAAGUUUCCCUUUCUAAUGAAAAAAGAAUUACUUUCUCAAAUCUCAAAGUUGCUUUAGAAGAGGAUGUUAAGGAGAUUAAAAAGAUCACUGACAAGGUUAAUAAAGGGGAUAAAGUUAAGAAAUCUGAAUUUAUCAAAUAUUUAAAAGAAAAUCUUUCUAAAGAGUCUGUGAUUAAAAGUAUUGCUUCACAAGAAUUAAAGGCUGAUAAUGAUUUAAAAACUACCAUAGUUAAGAAGAUAGAGGAUCAUAAAAAAGAUGGCAAAGGAUUAAAUAAAAGUAUUUACAGAAAUGGCAAAGAGUUUACUAAUGAUGGUAUCAUUAAAUAUUAUAAUGAAAAGACAGGAAGUAUAAAGCAUAAUUAUUCAAAGCAGAAAAAUAAUAAAGAUGAUAAUCCGGUUGUAAUAAUAACAGGAUUUUACCUUAUUGCUGGUACAGGUAUAAUUAUUGCCGUUUCACAAAAAUUGAAUUCGGUUUCACAGAAAUGGCAUACCUCAAUAAAUACUUGUGCUUCAGCGAUCGCGGAAAUGUGGUCAUUAAUUGAUUAUAUCCUUCAAAUAACGCCUUAUUCAGGACAAGCAGGAGAAUUACAUCCUAUAGCUUCUUUACUUAUAACAUUUAUCUUAUUAACCGUUGGUUAUUUAAUGGGCAACUCAUUUUGGCACAAACUAUUAGGGCGUAACAAAUUUUUACCUCAAGGAAAGCACGCGUAUGUGACUGGUGGAAGUAAUGGACUUGGUAGAGCUAUAGCCAAGUUGUUAGCUUCGAAAGGCGCUCACGUAACAAUAGUUGCGCGUGGUAAAGAGGAUUUAAAUACAGCUCUUGAAGAAAUUAAAAACGCUGCAAAGGAUUGUGAAGAUUAUAAAAAUUUGAUCUUUACUGCAAUUUCAGCAGACCUUACCAGAUUUUGCAAGCCUGGAAUAUUUAUAGAACAAGAUAUUUCAAUAUUCGAAAAUAGCAUGCAACUCAAUUAUUUUGGAACCUUAUACACCAUUCAUGAUGGGGUAAAACGUAUGGUGCAACAGGAGAUUAAAGGAAAAGUUGUUUUGGUUAGUUCAAUCUUAGGCUUAAUUAGUUUCAUUGGAUUUUCUCAAUACAGUCCGACGAAAUAUGCUAUAAAAGGUUUGGCCGAAACUUUACGAAACGAGUUGAUACUUUAUGGUAUUGAUGUUCAUUGUUAUUUUCCUGGCACGAUUGAUAGUCCUGGUCUCAAGGAGGAGAACAAAACCAAACCAAAAAUCUCCAGUGAUAUCGAAGGUAGUAAUGCAGAGUUAAAACCAGACGAAGCUGCUAAAAUUUUAUAUAAAUCUCUUUGCAAAGGAGAAUUCUUUAUCACUUCAGAUUUUGGAGGUGAUCUUUGCAGAGCUGCAUGUAAAGGUCCUGUCAAUCCAACUAAUAAUUUUGUUGUUGAUAAUUUGCUAUGUAAUCUUGCAUGGAUUGGAGGGAUUCCUUUUCGAUAUUUUAUAGACAAGAAGGUCAAAAAUAGUACCUAA